CUGCACACGGUGGUUAUGUUUCUACGUUCAUCAGCCAACAAAGCCUCUUAUCCUAGGGAAGACCAGCAGUCUAUGAUGCAACAACCAGAGCCAGGUGUUCAACAGAGAGAGAUGGAAGAGCCUCUUCAGCACAUUGGGACCAAGUCUCAAUCUACAAGAUCAAGGUCAUCAAAACAGUCAAGCAGAUCCUCAACUGCGAGUUCUGCAGCCGUCAAAGCACGUGCCAAGGCGGAGGCAGCACGCGCACAAGUCUCUUAUGCUGAGAAGGAAGCUUCUGUGAUGAAACAAAAGGCAGAAAUAGAGGCCAGCUUGUUGAAGCAAAAAGCUGACCUCGAGGCAACUUUAUAUGUUCUCCAAGUUGAGAGAGCAGCUGCUGCUGCGUUGGCUGAAGCUGCAGCCUUUGAAGAAGCUGUAGAAUCAGAACGCAGAGCGCUUCGCAAAGAACUAGACACAGGGACACAGCCCUUAAGUCCAGUCCAACGUACAUGUGAGUAUGUGCAACAACAUGCUAGGCCCUACUUUGCUGAACUUCCAUUUGAAGUGGAGAAACAAGAGCUUAGUGUUGACCCAGCUACAUGCCAUAAUCCAGUAAGUAGCAAACAACAGAACAUGAGCAGAGACUCUCCGUUCAAAAGAAAUGAACAGCAGCAUGGUGGAAAUGGAAAGCAAGCCCACUUCCAGUCACACACACACAACUUCCCUGAGUCACAAGUGGCACCAGACCUCAUCAAGUACCUCCUACGACGUGAGAUGGUGAGUUCAGGACUCCUGAAGUUUGAUGAUCGCCCUGAAAAUUAUUGGGCAUGGAAAGCAUCCUUUCUCAAUGCGACCAGAGACUUGAAUUUAUCAGCCAGGGAAGAGUUAGAUCUAAUUACCAAGUGGCUAGGGGCAGAGUCGUCUGAGCAAGCAAACAGAAUUAGAUCUGUCCAUAUUUUCAACGCAACAGCAGGGCUUAACAUGGUCUGGCAACGACUAGAAGAGUGCUAUGGUACACCCGAAGUGAUCGAGAAUGCACUGUUGAAGAAAAUUGAUGAUUUUCCAAAACUGGCUAACAAAGACAAUCACAAACUAAGAGAACUAGGUGACAUUCUUCUCGAACUGGAGUGUGCUAAAGUAGAAGGGUACCUUCCAGGCCUCGCUUAUCUGGACACAUCUCGGGGGGUAAACCCUAUUGUAGAGAAACUUCCAUUCAGUUUACAAGAAAAAUGGAUAGCACAGGGAUCCAAAUAUAAGGAGGACUAUCGGGUAGCAUUCCCACCAUUCUCGUUCUUCUCGAGAUUCAUCAGGAACCAGGCGAAAAUUAGAAAUGACCCCAGCUUCACCCUCUACACCUCAACUAACCAGGUGUCCAUGAAAAGUGAGAAACCUGCCAGGUACAGCAGCAAGACACCUGUGACUGUAUACAAGACAGAUGUGUCAUCUGAGGCUUCAGACCACCAAACCAAACCCAGUAAGACAAAGGUUGAAAACCCUGACCGUCACUGCCCAAUACAUAACAAGCCUCAUCCUCUUAAAAAGUGUUGUGGGUUUAGAUACAAAACUCUAGAUGAGCGCAAAUCAUAUCUCAAAGACAAUGGCAUUUGUUUCCGAUGUUGUGGGACAACUCAGCACAGAGCUAAAGACUGUAAGGUUUCAAUCAAGUGCUCUGAGUGCGACAGCGACAGGCAUCUUGCUGCUCUGCAUCCAGGCCCAGCCCCUACAAAUACAUACACCGCUACAGCAGAGACGGAUAAUGGCGGGGAGCAAGGUGACGAUGCUCUUCUAUCUGUCACCUCAAAGUGUACAGAGAUCUGUGGUGAGGCAGUCAAUCCAAGAUCAUGUUCGAAAAUAUGUUUAGUCAAAGCUUAUCCGGCUGGGAAAAGAGAGAAAGCUGUCAAAAUGUAUGUAGUGCUUGAUGAACAAAGUAACAAAUCUCUGGCCAAGACAGAGUUUUUCAGUCUCUUCAACAUCAAUGGCAACUCUGCUCCAUACACCAUGAAGACGUGUUCUGGGGUAACAGAGACUUCAGGCAGGAGAGCCGUCAACUUCAUGGUGGAGUCUAUAGAUGGACACAUGCAGCUCACUCUCCCUACUCUGAUAGAGUGUGAUAUGAUGCCAGACGAUAGGAUGGAGAUUCCCUCCCCCGACAUUGCGUAUCAUCAUCCCCAUCUGCAACCAGUUAUGGACAGAAUUCCAGCUGUGGACCCAGACGCUCCCAUCCUCCUGCUCUUAGGACGAGACAUCUUAAGGGUACACAAGGUACGAGAGCAAAUCAAUGGGCCCCACGACACUCCUUAUGCACAGCGACUCGACCUCGGGUGGGUCAUUGUGGGUGAGGUCUGUCUGGGAACGGCUCACCGACCAGCCAAUGUUAACGUGUUCAGGACAAACAUACUUCAAAAUGGCCGCACAUCCUAUCUGAGCCCUUGCCCUGACAUCAUCCAGGUAAAAGAGAACUACAACAGCGUAGCUCAGAAACACAUCUCUCCCUCUACAGUGCACUCGAGAGAUCCAAUCACAACUGUGAACACAGACAACCUGGGAUGUUCCGUGUUCGACAAAACACAAGACGAUGAUAAACCAGCACCAUCAGUGGAGGACAAAGCCUUCUUGGACAUUAUGGACAAACAGGUUUUCCAGGAUGAUGGAAACAACUGGGUGGCUCCACUACCCUUUCGCCCCAAUAGACGUCGCCUUCCUAAUAACAGGGAGCAGGCCAUGAACCGUCUCACAUCACUUCGCAGGACUUUAGACAAAAAUCCUGACAUGAAGCGUCAUUUUAUUGACUUCAUGCAAAAGAUGCUGGAUAACGACCAAGCUGAACCUUCACAGCCACUAGAGGGAGACAAAGAACGUUGGUAUCUGCCCAUAUUUGGUGUUUACCAUCCACAAAAGCCUGAACAAAUACGAGUAGUAUUUGACUCCAGUGCUAAGUGUCAAGGCGUGUCACUUAACGAUGUUCUGCUCAGUGGUCCAGACUUAAACAACACACUCUUGGGUGUCCUAAUGCGUUUCCGCAAGGAUUGCAUUGCACUAACAGCAGAUGUGCAACAAAUGUUUUACUGUUUUGGUGUACGUGAGGAUCACAGAGAUUACUUAAGGUUUCUCUGGUAUGAAGACAACAACCCAGAUAGAAACAUAACUGAGUACAGGAUGAAAGUCCAUGUAUUUGGGAACAGCCCUUCACCAGCCGUAGCCAUCUACUGCAUGAGACGAGCAGCACUACAGGGUGAGAAGGAACACGGGUCAGAACCCAAGCAAUAUGUAGUGAGGAACUUCUACGUCGAUGAUGGUCUGACAUCAGUAGCUACUACAGAAGAAGCUGUCAACAUUCUAAGAAAAACACAAGCAAUGUUGGCAGAGUCCAACAUGAAACUACACAAGAUUGCAUCCAAUAGCAAAACAGUUAUGGAAGCCUUCCCUAUGGAGGACCGUGCAAAACACUUAAAAGAUCUGGACCUAGGAGUGGAUCCUCUCCCCUUUCAACGGAGUCUGGGACUUUCCUGGAACCUGGAAACAGACAGCUUCUCAUUCCAGGUGUCCCACAAUGAGAAGCCUUUUACUCGGAGAGGCAUCCUGUCCACAGUGAAUAGUCUUUAUGACCCCCUUGGGUUUGUGGCUCCAAUAACAAUGCAAGGUAAAGCCUUAAUCAGAGAACUCUCUUCUGAUCAGAGUGAGUGGGAUGUCCCUCUUCCAACAGAAAAAGAAGAGAAAUGGAAACAGUGGAAGCAAGUCCAGUGUCUCGCUGACACCUUUUGGAAAAGGUGGAGACAGGAGUACCUGACAACGCUGCAGAGACGCAGAAAAUGGACAGCAGAAAAGCCAAAUGUAAAAGUGGGAGAUGUUGUCUUAUUGAAAGACAGUCAGGCACACAGAAAUGACUGGACAGUCGGGCUUGUGGUCAAAACCUUUCCCAGUACUGACAAAAAGGUUAGGAAAGUAGAACUAAAAAUUGUCAAGCAAGGAGCUGCUAAGGUGUUUCUGAGACCAAUCUCAGAGAUUGUUGUUCUUCUUUCUGAAGCAUCCUAGAGACAAAAGAUAAAAAUAGAAAGGACAUUAUUUGUUUCUUGAUAUGUUUUAUUUCAUAGUGGCACAAUUUCAUUAUACCAGGCGGGGAGUGUGCUGCCAUCCUGUUAGAAGAUAACAGAUUAUUUUAUUACAAUGGUUAAAUUGGAUUUUCAUUGUGUUCAAUGGUGUUAUUUGCCCCCUAGUGGCGCUUUCUGGUACUUAGAAAGUCAACGCAAACGGGAAGUUCAGAAUUUGUUUUGCACGCAUAGAAGCAGCUACAAACAACGCUACGGUGCAGGUCUUUCAACGUAGUUAUUUCUUGUCACGCUUCAGCCUUGGAAAAAUAUUUGUUUUUUCACAACAUAAACGUUUCAAUAUAUUCAUUCAAGAAAAGUCACGCCUUGGGAGUUUUAUUGAAGACUUAGUUGUUAGCUAUCUGUCUAGUUUUGCAUGGGAACGCAACUCAAGGGCAGAAUACUGGUCAUGUGUGAAGACGGUGCUGACUGAGCAUGGGAGAACCUCAGUGGUUAUAUAAACCCUCAGGGAUCUUAGUCUAUAUGUUGUUUUGUUGGCUGCAUGUACCUACAACUGAUACUGUAUAGCCCUCAUAUUCAUAUCUGGACUGGAAGACAGUUCCACUGCUUUAUUUUUCAUUGUUCCCCUCUAAUCAGGUAUUGAUUUAGACCUGGGAUACCAGGUGGGUGCCAUUAAUGAUUAGGUAGAACAGAACCAGCAGUAGUUCAGACCUCCAGUGUAUGAGCAGUACUCCAGACCUCCAGUGUAUGAGCUGUACUCCAGACCUCCAGUGUAUGAGCAGUACUCCAGACCUCCAGUGUAUGAGCAGUACUCCAGACCUCCAGUGUAUGAGCAGUACUCCAGACCUCCAGUGUAUGAGCUGUACUCCAGACCUCCAGUGUAUGAGCAGUACUCCAGACCUCCAGAUCUCCAGUGUAUGAGCAGUACUCCAGUACUCCAGACCUCCAGUGUAUGAGCAGUACUCCAGACCUCCAGUGUAUGAGCAGUACUCCAGACCUCCAGAUCUCCAGUGUAUGAGCAGUACUCCAGACCUCCAGAUCUCCAGUGUAUGAGCAGUACUCCAGACCUCCAGUGUAUGAGCAGUACUCCAGACCUCCAGAUCUCCAGUGUAUGAGCAGUUCUCCAGAGUAUGCCCCUGCUGUAUAGAAGCAUAGGUUAAAUCGGGUGUCAAACUCAUUCCACGGAGGGUCUAGUCUCUGUGGGUUUUUGUUUUUUCCAAUAAGACCUAAACAACCAGGUGAGGGGAGUUCCUUACUAAUUAGUUUUGGGGCUGUUGCUGGGCAAACUCCCUCCAAAGAUUUUCUAUGGGGUUGAGAUCUGGAGACUGGCUCGGCCACUCCAGGACCUUGAAAUGCUUCUUACGAAGCCACUCCUUCGUUGCCCGGGCGGUGUGUUUGGGAUCAUUGUCAUGCUGAAAGACCCAGCCACGUUUCAUCUUCAAUGCCCUUGCUGGUGGUAGGCUUUGUUACUUUGUUCCCAGCUCUCUGCAGGUAUUUCACUAGGUCCCCCCGUGUGGUUCUGGGAUUUUUGCUCACCAUUCUUGUGAUCAUUUUGACCCCACAGGGUGAGAUCUUGCGUGGAGCCCCAGAUCAAGGGAGAUUAUCAGUGGUCUUGUAUGUCUUCCAUUUCCUAAUAAUUGCUCCCACAGUUGAUUUCUUCAAACCAAGCUGCUUGCCUAUUGCAGAUUCAGUAUUCCCAGCCUGGUGCAGGUCUACAAUUUUGGUUCUGUUGUCCUUUGACAGUUCUUUGGUCUUGGCCAUAGUGGAAUUUGGAGUGUGACUGUUUGAGGUUGUGGACAGGUGUCUUUUAUACUGAUAACAUGUUCAAACAGGUGCCAUUAAUACAGGUAACGAGUGGAGGACAGAGGAGCCUCUUAAAGAAGAAGUUACAGGACUGUGAGAGCCAGACAUCUUGCUUGUUUGUAGGUGACAAAAUACUUAUUUUCCAAAAUCAUUUGCAAAUAAAUUCAUUAAAAGUCCUACAAUGUGAUUUUCUGUUUUUUUCCCCCUCAUUUUGUCUGUCAUAGUUGAAGUGUACCUAUGAUGAAAAUUACAGGCCUCUCAUCUUUUUAAGAGGGAGAACUUGCACAUUUGGUGGCUGACGAAAUACUUUUUUGCCCCACUGUAUGUUAGUAGGAGAUAUGUUAGUAGGAGAUAUGUUAGUCGGAGAUAUGUGUAUAUAUAUAUAAUAUGACAUUCGUAAAGUCUUUAUUGUUUUGAAACUUCUGUAUGUGUAAUGUUUACUGUUAAUUUUUAUUGUUUAUUUCACUUUAUAUAUUCA